AUGCCAGAAAAAUCCAAAUACAAAAUCGUGGUUUUGGGAGAUGUUGGAUGUGGAAAAAGUGCACUGGUGAAGAGAUUUGUGCGAAAUGAGAUUGUCCGAACAUAUGAUCCGACGAUUGAAGAUAAAUAUGUGAAAAAAAUGGAAUUUCGAGGAAAUUUGGUGGAAUUGGAGAUUGUUGACACUUCGGGAAAGGUAUGUAGAUUUAGGGGUUUUGGACUGGGGAAUUUGAAGAAAAAUGGGAAUUAUUGGAGAAUUUCGAGCUAA